AUGGCGCCAGUUCCAAGUAUUCCUCCUCCUUUAACUGGCAGCAAAGAAGGAACCUUUGCAUUCUUAACUGUUCGCGAUCGUUGGCCAAAGAUAUUGGGUAAAAUUGUUGACCAAGUAUAUCGAUAUCGGCAUGCUCACAUUGCUGUUCAUGGCAAGGAAGGCGAAAAAGAUAUUAAAUCGGUUCUGAGUCAAUUGUCUGAGUUAUCUCAUCGUGUUUCCACCGAUAAGCAAUUGCAAAAUCUUAGUGACAAUGGAGAAGAGGUCAAUAUUUGGAAUGAAGAAUUGAGAGAAUUGCAAAUGAAGAAAGGUGCGGAACAUGUGACCUGGUAUCAUUGUGAUUGGUUAUUUGCUGAGUGUUUUUUAUACCGACAAAUAAUGAGUUUGUUUUUGAAAACAACAACUCUGAAAGAAUUUGAUCCGUUCUCAUCACAAAAACAGAGCUCUUUUAUUGGUUGCAUUGAUACAAUUAGCAUGCUUGUAAAACGCAUUAAAGAAAUGGAAUCAGAUAAAGCAAAAAUUGAACAUGACAUAAUUUUUCGCCUUUUUCAAUUUUGCUUGUGGGGAAAUAUGUGCGAUUUGUCGCUUUCAUGUGGUGAACGCAUUGCCUUAUUGCCUGUUUUGGAUAUGGUUGAUCAGUUGGCUGAUAAAAUCUUAUGUAAUCAGAUUGGUGAAGUUGAUUGCAUCUUAAGGAAUAGUGAAGUGAAUCGUGUAGAUGUAAUCCUUGAUAAUUCUGGCCUAGAACUUUUUGCUGAUUUAGUACUUGCGGACUUAUUAAUUGGAAAGUGUGGCGUAAAAAAAGUUGUUUUUCACGGAAAGAGCAUGCCAUGGUUUGUGUCGGAUGUUACUGGUAGAGAUUUCAACUGGACAAUUGAAAUGCUAAUUGCCAAUUCUGAUAACUUGUUGAGGGAUUUUGGUAUGAAAUGCUCACAAAGAUUAUGUGACGGUGAAUUUAUUUUUCAAACUCAUUAUUUUUGGACCCUUCCAUAUCCAUAUUGCUUAAUGGCUGAGAAAGCUCCAGAUCUUCAUCAUGAAUUAUCGCAGUCAUCAUUAAUCAUUUUCAAAGGUGAUUAUAACUACAGGAAGUUGGUCAGUGAUCUAGAAUGGCCACUGGAUACUCCUUUCAAAGUAGCUUUGCGAGGUUUCGCUCCGGCACCAAUUUUGGUGCUUCGAACUAUAAAAGCAGAAACGGUGGCAGGAUUAAGUUCAAAUGUUAUUGACAGUUUACAGAAGAAAUAUGAUAACAAGAAGAUUUGGAUGACGACAGGAGAAUAUGCUGUCGCACAGUUUGUGAGAUGA